UUCCUUUUGAGUGUUUUGAAGGACAAAACUACGGCUCCCAGGAUCCAGUGUACUUAAGAGACAUGGCUCCUAACUGAGCGGAAGGAUUCAAGGUGAUAUCUGGGUUCGCUUUUACAGUCGCUGAGUUUCCGGACACAUUAUCUCAAUAACUGCUGAAUAUUUUUUGGAAGAGGGCAAAAGUUUUUGUUUAAUCUGACACAAAUUGCAUUCAUUGCUGGUCUAACAUGUAACCCCACUCAAUUCUGUUUUGUGAAUCCUUGCAAGGAAUUUUAGCAUUUCUCUUAACACCAAUGGUUUUGUGAUUUAUUAAAUGCAAGGUCGCAUACAAGUAAGUGGUCCCCUGCCUGGUUAUCAUUCCUAUAUAAAGACGUCAGUGCGGCGGGAACAUGCUAACAGCAAAGAGGAGUUACGUUGUCACCUGUACUCGAAGUGCUAGGAUGUUCUCAGGUUACAAAGCAAUGAGCAAAAGCCUCCGAGACUGCUACCGCUUGCUUAAUGUACAGGAGAGCUGCAACCCCGAAGAAGUGAAGGAAGCCUAUCUCAAGUUGGUGAAGUUGCAUCAUCCAGAUAGUGGUUCUGGAGCUGAUCCUGGAAAAUUCAUGCAGGUGAAAGAAGCUUACAAGGCUGUUGUCAAACACUUAGCUGAGAAAAAAGCAGAGUCUGAAAGGGAGGAUGAUGAAGAAGAACAAGUCAAACACGUGGCACCUCAACAUAGACAGUACCUUAGCUUUGAAGGCAUUGGCACUGGAACGCCAAGUCAACGCGAGAAGCAGUAUAGAAAAUUCAGGAUGAACCGUGCAACCGACCAAGUGCUGGACUACAGAAAACAGAAACUGCAACACCAGGAACUGGAAAAUACUAUGAUGGUGAAAGAUGUCCAGCAGAGCAAGAAAAUAAAGAUAACCCAAGCAGUGGAACGAUUGGUGGAAGAUCUUAUCCAAGAAUCGAUGGCCAAAGGUGAAUUUGAUAACCUAAGUGGUAAAGGGAAGCCACUGCAAAAGUUCUCACAGUAUCCAUACAUUGAUCCCAUGACUCAUAAUCUGAACAGGAUACUUAUAGAAAAUGGAUAUCAACCAGAAUGGAUUGUCCAGCAGAAAGAAAUAAAACAAACUAUAGAGAAGCUUAGAAAUGAUAUGGUGGCCUAUAGGAGAAAACUUGGUGAGUCUCUGACUCUCCACAACCAGAAACAGUGGAAUCUGAAGUGUGAACAAUUCAGACAUGAUAUUAAACAACUCAAUAAAAUAGUAGAUCGUUUCAAUUUAGUUGUCCCUCUGCUGAACAGGCAGAUGCUGCACUUCAACCCAGAUAAGGAGCUUGCUAUCAUAUUGAAGAAAUAUGAUGUGUUCUUGGAAGCAAGCAAGGCCACUUCAGAGGUUAUGGAAAAAUCAGCUAAGGGAGAUGACACAUCUGAGCAUGCAAAAAACAGCCUGUUUGCUUGGAUCAAACUUUUCCUGAAAUAAGGAUAGAGUAAGAAGUGAAAGAUUGGUAAUCUUUGUGAUCAGGAGGUUAAUUUACCUCUUUAAUUAUAACUGCAUUGUGCACAGAGAAGCACAUUAGUUGCAACAGGAAGAGGUUGCUUAGUCUCCCAAGCUUGUUCCCUCAUUCCUGUCAUUAGAUCUGUCAUUAGAUCAAUGUAGUUCAACUGCAUGUAUUUUCAUUAGUUCUAUAUCACUUGAUACCUUUAUCUAACAAAAGAUCUAUCAAGCUCAGUCUUGAAAGCCCUAAUUGUCCCAACCUCCACAGCCUUUUAGGGAAGGGGGAGGGGAAUCAGAUUUUUACGAGCCUUUGUGUGUGAAAUUCUGGAAUUCCCUCCGAAAUGGCCAACCUCAAAUUUUAUGCACACUCGUUCUUGAUUCCCCCUACCAGAGUAAAUAGUUUAUCUGUAGCUACCUUAUUGGACAAGCAGGUUAUCAUCUGUUUAUGACAGUUAGUGAUUUUCACAGCACUGUUUAACUUGUCUGUAAAAUUCCUGUUUCCUGCAAUGUACUGUAACCAAGGAAAAACAACUGCUGUAGGUUAUUAUUAGUUAUUGUUGCACUUUUUUUGGCUGGCGGGUGAAAGUGAAGUGUUCAAGGUGCCACUAAGUGGGAAUUGAUUUCAGUCUGGAUUGACUUUUUGAAGUGGUGGUUUUAAAAAAACCUUAAUUGUGACUGUGAAUUCACAAAAUGGAAUAUCAUUGUUAACAAUCCACUAUCUUUGCACAAUUAGUACGUUAUAUAAAUUCUCAGUCUCAGAUUUUUUCUGGAAAUACAUUUAUUCAGUCUCUUUUUAUAUAAUCCCUUGUUGUCAGGUUAUUCAAAUUGUCACCUAAUAAAGUUGAAUGCAUCUCUGAU